AUGGGGGAUAUCGGCAAGUUCACUUGGGUGAUUGAAAAUUUCUCAUCUUUGGAAUCUGAGAAAAUAUAUUCUGAUCAAUUCCUCAUUCGUGACUGCAAAUGGCGUCUCAUGGCCUUUCCCAAGGGAAACGAUAAGGCCAAUACAUUGUCUCUAUAUUUGGUGGUUGCUGAUCCUGCAAGUUUGCCUUCUGGAUGGACAAGAAGCGCAAGAUUUUCCUUCACUAUAGUUAAUCAAAUUCCGGGAAAGGUCUCUUAUACGCGAGAAACUCAGCACUUGUUUAAUAGCAAGGAAUCGGACUGGGGUUUUACAUCCAUGAUUCCCCUUAGCGAGCUUAAGGCCAAAAAUGAUGGGUUUAUUGUUAAUAAAGAAGUCAAGAUUGUUGUUGUGGUUGAGGUUCUUGAAGUUAUUGGGAAACUAAAAGUACCAGAAAAUGAUGAAGAGGCAACCCUGAAAAAGAUAAAGCUGGAUGAUGAUGGUGGUGAUUGGGUGGAUGUCAAUGGGUUUCAACUUCUUUCUUCACGGGUCAAAUUUGCGAGCCGUAUCUUUGAAAAACAACCUGACAUUGCCUUAGAAUUUCAUGCAAAGAACCAACAUUUGAGGACAGCAUGCAUGAAUGUCCUUCUCUCCCUGAUCAAAACACUGUGCCAGUCAGUUCAGGAGCUUUCCAGUGAAGAUCUGGGGGAAGCAGAAAACGCACUAGCACACGUGAAAGAUGCGGGAUUCAAGGUGGAUUGGUUGGAGAAGAAGCUCAAGGAAGUGAAGGAAAAGAAGGAGGAGGAGCAGAGUGGUGAGACUCGGAUUCAAGAGUUAAAGGAAGAACUCAAGGACCUUAAGCAAAAGUGCGCUGACAUAGAAGUUUCCUUGGAGAAAGAGAAGGCUAAGGUUUUUGCCGCCAGAACUAAUCAAACACUGGAUGAGUUUCUCUAA